AUGGUUUCCCAGAAAGGGGCAACCGAAUCGAAAUCAUCUCGGGUAAUUAUAAAUUUGACGCCUGGCUCAUCAACGUUGGUCAUACUAUUCGGGUGGGCUGGAUGCCAUGACCGGUAUCUCAAGAAGUACUCGGACUACUACGAAAAGGCAGGAAUCUCAACUAUUCGCUACACAACGCCGAUUCGCAGAAUCCGAAGAUAUCAGUCCUAUCAUCAUUUCGCUAAAAAAUUCUUUCGUGAAGUGAUCGAGAAAAACGAACAUGCCUCACAUCCAAAUAUCUACUUUCAUUGCUUUUCAAUGAAUGGCUGUUCGACUUUCACCGCACUAUGGGAUCUACUGGAUAAGAAACCGGACGGAAACGCCUUUAAACAACGGGUUCAAGGCAUUUUGUUCGAUAGUUCUCCUGCCUUCACGACUCCAGCACAGUCAGCGCAUGCCAUUGCCGUCGCGUCGAUGCCUCCAACGAAGUAUCACGCUGUUUUGCGGCAAGCAUAUCGAGCAAUUCUCUAUGCUUACAUCUCAGUCCAUCACUGCCUCAUAUGGCUGUGGUCGCUCUUGGAAGAGGAUAUCUACGAGAGAUGUUACGCAUACUACCGUUUAAUUUCCAUAAAGGACCUACCGGCGAGGCAGAUAUACUUCUACACGCCCGCCGAUGAUGUCUGUUCAUGCGAAUCAAUCGAAGCUUUCGCCUCCAUCCAAGAACGACGGGGUGUCGAUACCCAUCGUCAUAUCUGGAAAGAUUCAAGACACUGCCAACAUUACCGUAACUAUAGCGAGGAGUACGAAAAGUACUGCAUCGACUUUGUUCUUCGACGGGAUCUUGCAGACGUGACCACAGCUGUGGAGGCCGAUAUGGUCGACUACCAAAAUGGUGCUGAACGAAUCCCUCUGGUCAACUAA